AUGGAAGGCCCCUUGGACUUCCAUCCUCCUCUGGACGGGUUCCGCUUCGUGGACGUGCUUGGCCGGGGCAGCUUCGGCCUGGUGAAGCUGGCCCGGCACCUGGCGUCCGGCAAGUACGUGGCCGUAAAGAUCCUCCUGCAAGACGCCUCUCCCAGCAGCCCGCUGUCCGCGCAGGGGGAAGCGGUCAUCCUGAGGAGCCUGCGGCACGAGAACAUCGUGCGGCUGCUGGCGGAGCGGCACACCAGGACGCACCUGUUCCUGGUAAUGGAGCUGGCGACCAAGGGCUCGCUGGAGAGCUACGUGCUUGAGCAGGGCGGCCUGGCCGAGGCUGAGGCCAGGACCCUGUUCCGCCAGGCGCUGGCCGCCGUGAGCUACUGCCAUGGCCAGCGCGUGGUGCACCGGGACCUCAAGCUGGGCAACCUGCUGCUGGAUGCCCACCUGAACCUCAAGCUGGCAGACUUCGGCCUGAGCCUGCGGCUGGAGCAGGGCACGCUGGUAAGGGGCUUCUGGGGGACCCCCGAGUACUGCGCCCCCGAGCUUUUCCUCGGGGAGGCCUACGACCCCUUUAAGGCCGACCUGUGGAGCCUGGGGGUGGUGCUGUUUGCCAUGCUGGCGGCCAAGCUGCCCUUCCGCGGCAAGGACACGGAGGAGCUACAGGACACGGUGCUGUGUGGCUGCUACGUGCUGCCGCGUGCCGUCAGCCCGGCCCUGCAGGAGCUGCUGGCCUGGCUGCUCACUGUCGACGCCUCGAGGAGGCCCAGUGCGGAGGACGCCAGGACCCACUGGUGGUUCGGCCCCAGCCGAGAAGCCGCCCAGGAUGAGGAGGAGGACGCCGUCACCCUGCUGCAGCCCCUGGGCGUUCCCCGGGACUCGGAGGCCAAGGAGUACCUGGCGGGCCUCGGCCUGCUGCCAGGCACGGGGACCGAGGGGACGCCAGGCCCUCAGCCCUGCGGCCCCGAGGCCCUGCCCGAGUCCUCACAGGGCGGGGAGCAGCACCACAUAGAGAAGGACCCCUUGUCUCUGGUGUCAGUGUCCUGUGACAGCAUGUCCGUCGAUGUUUCCUCCGCACGAAGCGACUCCUCCGAGGCCUCCAGUGAGUCUUGCCCUCCCCCCUGCCUCGGGGCCUCCAGAAGCUGA